GCCCCCCUCCCGCCAAGCCGUCCCCUCAGGCCGGCAGCCAUGUUGGGUAGCGGUGCGGCGACCGAGCGGUGCGCCGCGCCCUCUGGCGGUUCCCCGCCCGCAGAUCGGAUAGGAGCGGGCGGUCGCCGGCCAUGAAGUCCGUUUUCGUCACCGUGGGCACCACCAGCUUCGACGACCUGAUCGCGACCGUCUGCUCCCCGGCGGCCCUGCAGGUGCUGCAGAGCCGCGGCUACCAGAAGCUGGUGCUGCAGGUCGGGCGGGGCGAGCUGAAGCCGGCGCUGCGCGGGAGCCCGGCCUUGGCGGUGGAAGCUUUCCGCUUCAAGGACUCGCUGGCCGAGGACCUGCGGAGGGCGGACCUGGUCAUCAGCCACGCAGGUGCAGGUAGCUGUCUGGAGACUCUAGAAGAAGGAAAGCCACUAAUAGUAGUAACAAACGAAAAACUGAUGGACAACCAUCAGCUUGAGCUGGCAAAACAGCUCCACAGAGAUGGGCACGUCCUCUACUGUAAUUGCAGCACUCUUGUGGAGACACUGCAGUCAAUGGACUUGUCAACUUUGAAACCUUAUCCUCCUGGACAGCCAGAAAAGUUUGCUUUGUUCUUGGAUAAAGUUGUUGGGUUUCAAGCAGGUCCGGGAGGAGACGCCGUCUGCGGGGGGGACUUACCGCGGUUCGCCGUGCCCGCCCACGCCGAGAGCUACCGGGGGCUGGAGGAAAACGACACCCCCCCCCCGGCGCUCGGACAGCCCCCCGCGGCCGUUAGCUGCGGGAGGCAGCUCCUGCGGGCGGUCCGCGGGCUCGCCGGGAGGGCACCGCUCGCAGCUGCCUCUCGGGACGGCUGGCAGGCGAAGGGAACCGGCCCCAGCUGCGGCGGGACGGGGGCGAGUCGGGCUCGGGGGCGCGGUCCGUGGGCGGCAGCGCCCGGCGCCGGCGGGAAGGGGGAUGCCGGGGGUCGGGUCAUGGCGGCCGGCGCAGGUGGGCGCGUUGGGUGCGGCCCCUCAUUAGCGGCAGCCGCGUGCCCCGCCGCCACGCGCCGCGCGGACCCCCCCCUCUCCCGCUUCUGCCUUUGCCGCUUCAGCCGCCGCCGCCCGUGGAAGAUGCAGAAGGGCUGGAAGAAGUACUUCGGGCAGAAGUCCUUCAGCGAGGUGGCCAUGGACGAGUACCUGGGCAGCCUGGGGCUGUACCGCAAGAUGACGGCCAAGGACGCCUCCUGCCUCUUCCGAGCCGUCUCGGAGCAGCUGUUUUCAUCUCAAAUUCAUCACAUGGAAGUUAGGAAAGCUUGUGUCGCAUUUAUAAGGCAACACCAGCAUAAGUUUGAAUCCUAUGUGGAAGGAUCAUUUGAGAAAUACCUUGAACGACUAGGAGAUCCAAAGGAAAGUGCUGGCCAGCUGGAAAUGAGUGCUUUAUCAGUGAUGUACAAGCGAGACUUCAUUCUGUACCGGUACCCUGGAAAACUACCCACUUACGCUACAGACAAUGGCUUUGAAGACAAGAUUUUACUGUGUUGUUCCGGCAAUGACCAUUAUGACUCUGUGUAUACAAAACAAUUCCAGGAAAAUGCUGCUAUUUGCCAGGCUGUAUUGUAUGAGAUCCUGUACAAAGAUGUGUUUGGCAUGGAUGAGGAAGAAUUACGGUCUGCAGUUGAGGUGUUUCGAAGUGGAUCCAAGAAGAACAGAAACAGUGGCUCUGUAGGAAGUGAGGAUGCAAACUUUGAUUGUCUUCAUGAAAAAGUAUCCAGAAAUCCAUCAGAAAAAAGAGUGGACGACUGGGAAGGCAAUGAUACUGAUAAUCCACAGGAAGAUAAGUUCAAACAAGGCAUUGAAGAAGAAAAGCUGCCAGAAAAUCCAUCAAAGAUGCCUGUUCCUUAUAAAGUGCUAAAGGCGCUGGACCCUGAGAUCUAUCGGAAUGUGGAGUUUGACGUUUGGCUGGACAGCAGAAAAGAGCUUCAAAAAACUGACUACAUGGUGUUUGCUGGGAGACAGUACUAUUUAGGAGACAAGUGUCAGGUACGUCUGGAGCCUGGAGGUAAGUAUUACAACGCUCAUAUCCAGGAAGUUGGACAGGAUGGCAACACGUUGACCGUAUUUGUUGAGGAGCUGGCAGAAAAGCAUACAGUUCCUUUGGCAAACUUAAAACCAGUGACACAAGUGGCACCUGUCCUUGCUUGGAAUAUGGUUCCCAGCCGAAAAGGAGGAACCUAUCAGAAAAUAACAGGGGGAUACUUCUCAGGAAUAGAAAUGGAUAUGAGAACACGGAAGAGAAUCCUUAAGAAAGUCCGUGGAAAGGAAGUCUUUAUGACUGUGGCUUAUAGCAGGGGUCAGCCAGUUCUUCCACCCCGGCUACAGCACAGUGGUCCUUCGGGGCGCUCUCCUCCAGUUCACUGCUCACAGGGUGGUGGAAACAUGGCACCUUAUGAACCCUAUCAUCCUCAGAAUCCUCCUCAGAGACAUAACCGUGGAUUUGGGAUGCCAAGGGGAUCUGCCCGAUUUAUAAACAGGCACAACAUGGUUGGCCCUCAAAUAGCAUUCUGCCCCAGUCCAGGAAAGAGAUGCUAUCAGAGCUAUGACAGUUUCUCCUGCAGGUCCUGCUCAUACAGCCGUAGCCGCCGUCAGAUGCAGUGUGUGAAUAAGGAAUGUCAGUAUGGGUUUGUACCAGGGAAUGGAGAGGAGCCUCAAGGACCAGAAGAAGCUAUAACUUUCUAUGAAAUUGAUGGAGAGCAUGACACUGCUUUUCCUACUUUACCAGAAUAUAACAUUUCCUGGGGAAAGAUGCAUCUCGCAGAAAACUCUGCCAUCCUACUAGAGGCCUGGUGGGAGAAUCUUCUGACUUACCACCUCUGCUUCAACCUUGGAAAUCUUACAAGCCUCUCUGAGCACUUUAUCGAUCUCAUAGUCACCAUGUCUUCUGAGGAGAAUUUUGAGUGUCACCUUAGCCAUCACAAAAGAAGCCAGAGUAGCCCUGCUCCCAUUGUCCAUGGUCCAGCAGGAUUUUGGGUAGCAAGGAGAGGCCCAAACUCUGUUCCACCUAACAAGCAGACCCUGAAUUCCUCAGAGGAGGAAGAAGAAACAAGUGAAAAUGGGAAAUUUCAUGAAGACUAUAUCUAUGCACCUCCAGAUCCUGACUGUGAAACUGCAACAGUAUUUAGUUCAGCAGAACCUACAGCAAACUUGGAAGAAGGGCCGGUCUCUGUGUCACCUCGAGAUGGAGUGGCUUCCUACAGCUGUCCCCAGAAGGUGAUGGUGAACUCUACAGCAAUCUCAACCUCAACAGGUGUUUAUGCUGCUCCAGCUACAGGCUUCUCAAACCCUGCUGCCUCCAGUCCAGCCAGUGUCACAACAGCAGUUCCCCCACAAACAGCAGUUCAGCCAGUCAUAGUAUCUCCCCUUUCUAUAGGGAGGCCAGCAGUUUCUUCGAUGCCAUUCCCAGUUUAUUCAGCUCCUCUUCCUCCAGUCAGUGAGGUGGGAGAGGCUGGUGCCAUUCUUCCACCUUACUCUUGUGAUCCCAGUGGCAGUGAUCUACCUCGAGAUACAAAGGUCUUGCGGUAUUAUUUUAAUCUGGGAUUGCAAUAUUAUCAUCAGAGCUAUUGGCCUUCCAUGGUGUAUGUACAGCCAGCGCUGCCACCAUCGCCUGUGGAAGUUUAUCCGGCAUAUGCUGAGCCAGCUCCUGUCCUAGAUCAGUCAGUACCUCAGGUCUACACUGAUGCUGGGCGAACUGAAGUCCACCACGUUCCCUUGGAAGCACCUGCAAAUGGUAACUUUCAAAAUGCAGAGCCUCCACCCCUGUCUUACGGGCCAGUAUAUUACCCAGUCGUGUCGGACCCCUUCAGCCAGCAAUCUCUUCCUGGGUUUGAUUCUUUAGUACCUGCCUAUCGCUAUAUUAGUGCCUGGCAUCCAGUAAAUGCACCAUAUGGAAAUGCUCCACAAAUUGCUAAUGCUGUAAGUUCUGGACCGCUGCACCAAGUCACCUAUAUUGCCUCACCUAACCCUGCACCUCAUGAUGUGCCUCAAGGAAUGUAAAUCUGGGAGCUAUAAGCUCACUUCUUGCCCUUGAUUUUUCUUGUUUCUUGUUUGUCAACUCUUUGUGUUAAUACUGUUUUGUAAAUGCUACCCUGUCUUGGUGGGCUGGUUCAGUUGAUUAAACUGCAUUCAAAUUUUCAUGUUUCUCUUUAGGUUUAUGCUAGUGAUUGUUGACUUGACAAGAUGCUGUUUUAGUCAAUUACAUAGGAAAGCAUAGGAAAAGAGUAUACAUACACAAACUGUAGUGCAGGGAACACAAAGCUUGGUUUUGACUACAUAAAAUAUGUGUAAAAACCAUAUGCUAUCACUAAAGGAAUGUUGCAUCAUGUACCUCUGUGAGGGGUUGCACUGGAACACUGACACCUGGUUCUUGUUUAAGCACUGAAAUAGGCUGUCAUUACAGCUACAGGUAGAAAUAGGGCACAGGGUUGUUAGAGGAUAAAGGUGUUUGAAAUAGGUUGGCUUUCUCAGAUUUUGCAAAACAAAGCUCCUUUGCCAUUAGUGGUCACAUAUUUGUAAUAGCUGUAUUUCUUCUGUCUAAUUUCAUUCUGCAUAGGUUUUGUGACUCUUGAAAGUGUAAGACUACUGUUUUGAUCUGUUGUAUAUUGCUGUAUGUUUGUAAAAUUUGUUUUGUGAAAGCUGUUGCACAAGUGGUGGUAGUCUUGGUGUUUAAUUUGCACUGACAGCACAAAAUAAAAGCAUUGAACACA